AUGAAUGAGCAUCACCUUUGUGAGUCGGAGGUGUACCGAAAGGUGACAAGAAUGAGAAGGCGAUUCAGUGCCACACUUCAAACAGACUUUGAUGCUGAACCAUGGUCGAAAAACCCGAACCUCCUAUCGUCACUGGCACUUCCUGCCAUCUCCGAGGAGUCGACCAUAGUAGAGUAUACAGAGUCCUAUCCACUCCCUCAAAUAAAUGCCCUCACAUCACUGGGAAGUUUGAGGAGCCAAAAGGAGAGAAAGCAGGACAUCAAGAGGUGGAUGAAGACCACAGCCACUUUCUUACGAGCAACCGGUGGCAACAACCCACAGAAACCCCAAACCAAGGGUGUCAUAUCACCUGAUGGUCAGAUUCACUGUUGCAGACCUUCAUCUGGAUUUAUAUCCAUCACCAUCUCCACUCAUAAAAUUCCAAGUCCCAUGAAACAGCCCUACCAGAUCCCACCAUCCCAUAGCAUUUGCUCACUGGUGAAGAAUGAUAAAGCAUGCAGUGAUUCCCCAGUGCUAAUCAGCUGCAAAGCAACCAUGGUGAAGGUGACUGAGUGCAGAAAAAGAUAUGAGGCAGACCAGGAAAACACUUUAUUCUCACACUCAAAACGACCCACCUUUUCUUCUACUGUUCACCUGGAAAUUCUCUCAAGCCAGUCCCACAGUUCUGCAUUUUACCUCUACAAAUUGCUCACUAUUCCUGUCUGCAUCCGAAAAGACAACAGGCAUUCUGUACACAGGUCAUCUCACUUUCUAUCCAUUACAAAGCUACAAUUGUUCUCCAGCUUGGAGAAACCACAAGAUGCAGCCAGACAACUGCUCAAGCCUUCUGAACGAAAUAUUAUAGAUUGUAAUGGAACAGUAGAAAAAACCCAUCGUGCUGACAUGGUCAUUGUCAAACCCAGGACUUCCAGGGGUGACAACAGCUCUGAUUCCCUGGUGCAGCUAGCCAAUUUAUCACCAUUGCCAUUCAGAGCAAGGUGCCACUCAUCCUCAGAGGCGGUCAGAGUGAAUGAAAAGGCUAAUGAUGUCUCAGGGACUCUGUGGAGCAAUCAAAUGGGGCACGUUGAAGGCCCAGUGAAGUCUAGUGUAAGUGUGAAAAGCACUUCUUUGGGCAGAUUGCCAUGUUCCCACACCGGAAUGGUUCCUACAGCACAGGAGUGUGUUGUCUCUUCCCACCUGUUUAAAAACUGUACCUGUGGAUCCAACAGCACUGACCAGCUCCAGCUCUUGAGCCUUAAAGAGGCUUUACAGCUCUAUCGGCCAGAUUUUAUCCUCCGUUCUGAGAGACGAGUGCACCAGUUAGAGCAGAAGGCCAGAGAGAGGCGAGGCUUACAACCUGCACGUUCCAUGAUGUUGUUGCAGACCACUAAUAAGAGACAGAAUCGCACCAAGCCACACCCACUCAGUGAUAAUCUAUUUAAACCCAAGGAACGAGUAAUCUCAGGCAAAGAGAUGCAGCUCCGUUCUAGACGGAUUUACAACAAAUUGCCUGAGGUGACCAAAAAGAAAGAAAAAGAAAGAAGAAGGCUGCUGCUGGAAACCAACAGACUGAAAGCUGAAGUCUUUAAGAAGAAACUUCUAGACCAGAUCCUACAGCGAAACAGUGACUGAGGAGCAUCUGUGCACAAGAUGUAUGUCCUUCAUGCCCUCUUUGCCUGUGGCAAAGAAAUUGAGACUCAGAAGACUCCUGGAUUUCCCAACUGAGAUCAACACCGUGGUUUUACAAACAUGAAUCAAAAUACACGUCUCACUGUAUUUGAUUUGAAUACACAUGUUCAUGGCCUGAUGCUGAUGAACUAGUGAUUAUUAGGCACUUUGUCAAAGAAGAAGACAUAGCUUCAUAAUAGUAGACCUUAUGAAAACAGCAUGACUGGCUCUCAUUUAAAUGGAUAUUAUUAUUACGUUUUAUAGAGCUGAUUAUACUCUUCACCGAGAGCACUAAUGAAGACUCUGCCCAAUCAAAUGAAAGAAAUUACAUUCCCUUUUAUCACUGAUGUGCUCAGAAUUAUACGACCGUAUAAUUUCGGAUAAAUGUCUAGUUAAUAGAGCCUCUGGAAAAAGACAUAUGCACAUACAUAGUCUAAUACAUUAUUCAUUUAGUGAUUAAUCACUCCAUUGUUUCAGCUGAAAGAAAUGCAUCACUCAAAUGCUUUAGGAUUACAUGAGAGAUUUUAGUAACUCUACAGCAUAUCCAGCUACACUGUCAUAUACUGAGACUGACUGUAACGAGAAACUGAUUCAUUUGGUUAUUACUAUAUUAAUGACAUCUGUGCAUGUUUAUGAAUAGCAGAUAAAAAUGAGAGUCCUUCUCUGGUUGUUUUUAUCUACCACAUAGAAAUUUUUGCCGUCAACAUCGUACCUCAGAAUGUACUACCUUGAUAUCUUCAUGCCUGCCUGCUAUUUCUAUCAGCUUGUGACCUCAUUUAUAAUUUACAUAUCAUUUCACUCUUUCUCAGAUGGCCUCUUUCAAUAAA